AUCAAGUCGAUUUAAAGUCAAACUCAAAUUAAUUUAAUUGUAUUUUGUGAUAAAUUGUAUAAUGUUCAUGUUCUGUAAGAAAUAUAUAAUAAAUUAAGUAAAUUAACUUUCGCAAAAUUCAGUUUUCUGUUUUUUAGUUUUUCCUUGUAAGUCAGAAAACUGUACGUAAAUGACAAAUGUAGCAAGUUCAUUUGAUCAAUAACUCAUGAUUAAAAUGUAAAUAUACAAAUAUACACCGAAACCUCCGGUCCAGGCUUUAUUUGUCAUAUUGUUAGGUGUUUCUUCAACGCUAUGGCUAACUCGGUUAACAUAUCGGUCGAAGCUCCUAUUGAAAAUCAAAUACAAGAAAUUACUUAUGAUGGCCAAGAAAUAUAUCAAGCACCUUUGUCUAUGUCAGAGAACCUCGCAAGACUGGCACAAAAGAUAGACUUCUCAAAGACUGAAGAUGAAUUCUGUAACAUUAAAAAGGAAGGAGAGAGCAGCUUGGAUGUAAAAUCUGAAGAAGACAAAGAACCGGGGUAUCAGUCUAGUUUGUGGCCUUGGGACUCUGUGAGAAAUAAACUUAGAAAUGCCCUUACUGAAGUUUGUGUUUUGGCCGAUGUUUUGAGUAUUGCUAAGGAAAAAAGGUAUAUGGUGCUAGACCCAAUACAAGCAGAGCAAAUCGAGAGCCGCCCAAUGGUUCAAGUGUAUGGCCGUAAAAAAGCCCUCUCUGCAGCCGGAGCAGUCUUACUAAAUGGGGUGGAGAGACUCCGGGCCAGCGAGACCAUGCGCAUGACCCGCAACAUGCCUGACUUCCACAUUGACUUACUGAGGUUACGACAGAACUGGAGACUGAAGAAAGUAUCAAACACAAUUGUUGGAGAUCUUAGCUACAGGACCGCUGGCUCUAAGUUUAGUCAGACUGGUGUUUUUGAGGUAACAAAAGCCCCAGAAGAACAAAUAGCGCAAGCUAUGAGUAUGAACGCAACCGGUCCUGCCCCAUCAGCUCUUCGUGUCACAGUCCCUCCAGAGCUCCAGGGUGUUGCUUUCAUAUCUGUUCUUUGCCAGAAAGAACAAGAAGACGUAGUAACAGCAACCCUCAGUUCAUCAGCGCUGAACUGCCCGGGCACCCUGCCCGGCGAAGGCGCCGAACUGCACUGGCAGCAGAAGCUGGAGGCGGCGCAGAAUGUGCUGUUCUGCAAAGAGCUGUUCGCGAGGCUGGCGGCAGAGGCAGUUCAGCUGGACGCUUCUAUACCGCAUAUGGUUGUUGGGAACCAGAUUAUGGCUACGGUAUUGCCAGGCAUUCAGUUGUUAAUUGGACUUUGUCACAACAACGGCCAGAAUAAUAACAAUCCAGAAGGAGUCAAGUCGGAAGGAUCUGGCAACAAAUCUGAGCACGACCACGUGUUGGAGCACUCUCUGCACCAGCUUCUGCGCGCCGUGCACCACUCCAACACGCACCACCCCUUCCCGCACCCCGCCUCCGGCCCGCUGGGACCCUCCAAGCGCCGCUCGCUGGCCGGUCCGAUGGCCGCCGACCGCUACGAGCUGCUGGAGAUGAGCAAGGAACAGUCGCUGCUGGAGCAGAUCAUCCAGCAGGCGCAGCACUUUUUCAUGCGCCGGCGCAGCGAGUACGUGCUCGACACCAUCGCUAAAGAGGUGAAAGACCCCCUGAUAGUGUCACACUGGAAUGCGCUGAACAGUCCCACACAGUCCUGUGUCAAAAUCAACAUCAUGGCGUAUGGGUACGACGCGGUGUGCCGCACGUCGCUGGUGGUGCACGUGGGCGAGAAGACGCUGAAGUGCAUCUGCCGCGACGGCAAGGUGCGCCAUCUCUCCUACGAGCUGCAGGAGCUGCGGGACCUCAUAUACUGCCAGAUAUACCAGCACCAAAUGACGGCCGUGCAAGCGGUGGGGCGCUGCAUGGGCUGGCAGCUGCUGGCCAGCAGCUCGCACCUCGGCUCCGGGCCUGUGGAGCCGCUCGGCAACGCCUCCUCGUGCUUGCUGGCUUCACCCAAUGGUGACAGAAUGAUAGCAAUAAGAUGCGAACCGUCCGUCGGCAUCCAAGUGUUCAUAGCUCAGUCGCCACGCAAAGACUUCUUCGUGAGCGAGCUGGUGCAAGACAAGAAGUGGGAGAACUUGGGCGGCGCCUUCAAGGAGGUCAAAUUGGAGAAAAUGGAGGGAAAAAACUUUUUGAACAAAAUGGAGUUACUAAUGGCCUGCUUAAGUAGUCCUUUGUAAAUAUGAAUCGGAAUUUCGUGGUUAAUCUUGAUUUUGUACGAGUAUAAUAACGCAUCGAUCGUAGAUCGUUAGAUGGGCCUCAAAGCGUCGCGGAAUUGUCAUGGUUUCGCACAUUGAGUACGUCAUCAAUCGUAACACGUUUAAUCUCUUUAUUCAUGUUGUGGCUUAUGUUUUUACACUUCCAAAAAAAAAACAUACAUACAGCCGAACGUAGAACCUUCCUUUUUGGAAUUCGGUUAAAAAUGAACACUAAGGCAUAAUUAAGGAAAAAACAGUUAAUAUUUUUUUAAGUCCACGUCACUCACAUGUGCUAAGAUAAGAUGUGCGUGCACGUCUUUGGGUAAUGACAUAAAAUUGUGCGUUCUUUAGUAUGGAGGGGCCCAUUUUACGAUUUAUAUCGAUGUAAUACAGUACAAAAUAGUGCACAAGUUGGUGUGUGUACACAGGUGCACUAACUUUUCUCUCUCAGUGGGAGACAAUCGCAAAAAUGAUGUCAUUGACACUCAGUGAAGGGUCUCAUGUAUUGAAUAAUAUACAUACAUAAGUACACUGCAGACAUUAGGCCUGUAUUUCAAAAAUGUUUAUUAUAAACAAGGCAUACUUGAAAUAAAUGAAUUUUAAUUUCAAUUUAAGUCUAAAACCCAACAGUGUCUAUUUAAUCUUUGUAAAUAAAUACUUACAAAUAUUGAAUAUUUCAAGAAAAACUGUCUGUCUUAUACUUGACGUCAAUAGUCAUUUAGUAAAGAUUUUAAUAGAUGUCAAGAUCAAGAUCAAUUUUAUUAUAAUAUCGAUCACUAAGAAUUCUUUAUUAGGUACUUUGAACAGCACUAAACAACUCUUGUGACGCAAUAUAAUAAACAUCCAAAUUCGAUUGUAUCGCAGACAAAGAAUUUUAUAGACAGAAUAGAUCAUUAAAUUAAUUGUCCAUAAACUUCUUGCUCAGCAAGAUUUGUGUGAUUUUAUUUACAAUAUUGUCCAAGUAAACUUAGUCCAUAGCUGCAUUAUAUUAUUCAAUCAUGUCUUAGUAUUUCUAGCUGGCUUUAGCAAUAAAAAAUGUUUAAGUACCCACUUCGUUAGAAUGUGGCAAUCGACUCUGCCGCCCCACCAAGUUGUAUACUCUGCCAAAAUUGUAGUCCCUUCUGAAGUUGUAUUAUGCUAAACUGCGGAAGUUGGGAUGUUUUGUACAGAACAGUUUUUCUUUAUUCAACAUUCUCAGACCCCCCCCAGCAGUGCCGUUGCGAAUUUCCAAGGAACUGACACAGUGCCAUCUAGUGCCAGUACUACACAACUGCUUCAAUUCCAUAGGCCACUAGGCCCUCUGAUAGUCAUGGGCGUAGCGAGGUACGGGCGGGAGGGGAAACAGCCCCCCCCCCCCCUUAGCAGUGCCCUCGCGUCGGUUACUUGAGCUCGAGCUAGAGCGAUGCGAGUUGAGAAGGGAAGCUAUACGCAAAGCAAAUACGAUGCCCAUUAUUUCUUAUUUUUCAAUCUGUGCUUCGUCUGCUUUCGACUUUUGUCUGUAUCGUGAAUUGAGAU